AUGGAUAAAAUUUGUAGAGAUAUUUUUGAAUGUGAUCAAAUUGUUUUUUAUGAAAUACCUGUUUCAUUAAAAAAAGAAAAUAACGAUAAAAUAUUAAUGCCAUGUGUAUUUCGAGAAGAUGAUCGAAAUCACAAAAAUUUUGGUUUACCUUUUUAUGUUAAUAUACCAAGACAUAAUUGUAAAGGAAGUGAUAUAGAAGAAGAAUUGCAAAAAACAAUCGGUAAUUUUCUUCCGUUAUCUCCAACGGAAUCAUCAGAUAAACCACUUUAUACUACUUCAUUGCUUAUCAAUCAAAAUUAUACUGGUACAUACAAAUUAUUACACUCAUGUCUUGAUGAUCAUAUUGAUUUUAAUGGUAAAACUACAAUACUUGUUGUUGAUGUUGCAUCAUCAAUUGUUGAAAAAUACAAAAAACGAGAAGAAGAAGAAGAAGAAGAUGGGAAAUAUUCAGAUAAAAAUCAUGCUUCAUCAGUUGCCUCUGCUAUUCAAAUAUGUAGUCAACAAAAACAAUCAGUAACAUUAUUCGAUUGGUUUAAUUAUUUUACAAAAAAGAAAGUAUUACCUAAAAGUGAUUUAUGGAUAUGUCCACAAUGUAACGCAUUAAAAAAGGCUACAAAAAAAAUUGAUUUAUGGCUUUUACCAAAAGUUUUAAUUAUCAAAUUAAAAGAUGUUAAUUAUAUUCGUUAUUUUCGUGAUGAUAUUGAUUUAUUGAUUGAUUGUCCAAUUCAGGAUUUAGAUUUGUCACAAUUUGUUCUAAAUCCAGCUGAAAAAGCGAAAGCGAAAUACGAUUUAAUUGCUGUUUGUAAUCGUAUAGGAAAUCUCAGUGAUGAACAUUAUACAACACAUGCAAAAAGUUCUCUUGAUAAACAAUGGCAUACAUUCAAUGAUUCAAAAAUAUCAGAUGUUAACGUAAAAGAUGUUAUCAGUAAAGCAGCUUGUAUACUUGUUUAUCAGCAGCAACAACAACCAUCAUAA